AUGAAGCUAGAAGUGGACGAUGCGCUUCAAAAGGGUGUAACCCUCUUGGGUCAUGACAAGCCCGACCUCCUCAGAAACAUGCCUAUGGAAAUCAUGUUUAUGAUCCUCUCUCAUUUGAAUAUUUCAUCGUUGGUUUCUUUUGGUGAAACUUCACGUGCGAAUUAUAUAUACCAUACGCUAUGUCUGAAGCGUCUUCAUAUCGCCGUUUUCCAAAAGCGGCUCCAUACAACUAUUGCAUUCAUCGAGGCUACCUCAAGCACGACCGAACACUCUGGACGAUGGGGUAUAGAUUCUGAACACCAAGUGUCUAUCGUUCUGCCCCGAAGCAAUAGGGGGAAAGAGGUCGUUGGGCAUAGGUCGCCAUUGAGGGGCUCGCGAUGGUCUGCGGAGACAAGAAGGCGAAACUGGGAGCGAGAUGAGGAAAAUCCACCAUCUCUGAAUCAUACAAUCCUGUCACAGAAUGAGGUCUUCGCAAAUCUUCUGAGUCGAUAUGGUAGAAGUCUUCAUGAUCUUGAGUUUAUGGCAUAUGAUUUGGAUGCUAGGGGUGCUGUUGCACUCGCAACUCAUUGCAAGUGGAAACUUCGCCAUCUGGCUCUGAGAUUUGAACAUCCGUACAUUCGGGACGCCAUUUUGUCUCGAGGAUAUUGGAUGAAACCUGCCCCAAGCAGCACGGCUUGGAAUGCGUUAAUCGGCAGUGGCAGCUAUGAGAAGGACAUGGGACCGACAGGCCUAGAGAGUCUGGUGUUGGAGAGAGCCGGGAUCACAGCCUGGCAGCUGCAAAUGCUCGUGAAAAGAAACCCAAGACUGAAAGAUCUGCGACUGAGAACAUGCAAGGCCAUCCAACUGGAGUUUUUGAAUUGGCUAGGAGGGAUUGAGAAAGACCCCAACGAGGGACCUAACAACGACUCAGAAGAUGCCCCUGGUUCAUCGCUACAAGUGCUGUGGCUCGAGAACUCUGAUGAAAUAUCUGCGGAGAGAAUAGAUGCGAGUGAGAAAGUAGUCGGCCUUGAAUGGAUGGUAGGGAUGAAGAGUUUGAAGUCCCUGUCUUUUCGUGAUUGUCGACGAAUAAACGCCGACAUCAUUGAGAAGGCAAACAAGGAAAUCUGGCAUAUCCCCGAGGUCUUCUUACCCUAUCCCCUUGGGCCGUCCGGAGGUGGUGAGGGAACUAUCGAAGUUGACCCUGCUUAUAUGUGA